AUGGAUUUUUUUAAAAUUACAUCAGCUGGAUUGUACGUGGUAAUUGCAGUGUUUUCAUACACGGUUCACUCUACAACUACAAGAUAUUUCACCUAUGAAGAGGAUGCACCUGGGACUGAAAUAGGCAAUUUGUCUCAAGAUUUAAAGAUUGAUCCGGCUGAUGACCCGGGCACAUCAUUCCGCUUCAUGCAAGAAAGCAACUUUUCUCUUAUUCACAUGAGGGAAAUUGACGGUCUUCUGAGUGUUGCAGAAAUAAUUGAUCGAGAGAAGCUUUGCCCCAGAUCUCCCCGUUGCUUCAUCACCUUUGACAUCGUGGCCCUCUCCAAGGAAAAGUUUCAACUAAUCCACGUAGAGAUAGAAGUGAAAGAUAUCAACGACCAUUCUCCUCACUUUCCGCGCAACGAGACCGGUCUUGAGAUCGUGGAAAACGUUCCCGUGGACUCAAGAUUCCUGCUACAGAUUGCUCUCGACCAGGAUGUGGGUGAAAACUACAUUCAGAGCUACAACAUCUCUCCCUGUAGUCAUUUUGCCAUUGAAGUGCGCGACGGGGAGGGUGGAGUAAAGUUUGCAGAGCUGGUGUUGGUCAGGGAGCUCGACAGGGAGGUGGAGGACUUCUACACUAUCGAAGUUACUGCAUCAGACGGAGGAGUUCCAGCUAAGUCCGGGUCAAUGACUGUACAUAUCAAAGUGUUGGACUUUAACGACAACAGUCCGACGUUUGAGCACAGCUCUUUGAAAGUUGAGCUGAAUGAAGACUCUCCGGUUGGGCACCGAGUUCUCAAAGUGCAUGCGUUUGACCCGGAUGACGGCAUUAAUGGUGAAGUGAUGUACGCGUUUGAUGACGGGGUGUCAUUAGAAGCUGCACGCCUUUUUCACAUCGAUCCUUACUCAGGUGACGUGACGCUGAAAGCGCCUGUUGAUUAUGAGAACAGGAGGUCAUACGAGUUGAACAUCAAAGCCUCAGAUUUAGGUGAGAACUCUGUCCCAUCCGCCUGCAAAGUUGUGAUAGAGAUCGUGGACGUGAAUGAUAAUGCACCUGAAAUCACCAUCAAACCGAUGACUUCAAGCAGUGAUGGAGUCGCCUACAUCACAGAAGCUGCAGCUGCAGAGAGUUUUGUGGCUCUUAUCAGCACCUCGGACAGAGACUCGGGCUCCAAUGGAUAUGUGCACGUCAGCCUGCUUGGUCACGAGCAUUUCACCCUCCAGCAGGCAUAUGGGGACACUUUCAUGAUUGUUACCACCACUGUUUUAGACAGAGAGAAGAUCCAUGAGUAUAACUUGACUGUGGUUGCAGAAGACCUCGGAAACCCGCCCUUUAAGACUGUCAGACAGUACACCAUCAGUGUAACGGAUGAGAAUGACAACCCCCCUCUCUUCAGCAAGUCAGUCUAUGAGGUUUCCGUCCUGGAAAAUAAUAUCCCAGGUUCAUAUGUAACCACUGUUGUUGCUCGAGAUCCAGAUAUGGGAAAAAACUCCCAAGUUUCUUACAAACUCAUAGAUUCAGAGGCACCAGGAGGAGCCCCAAUGUCCACUUAUCUUUCUGUGGAUUCAUCCUCAGGCUCUCUAUAUACUUUAAGAUCUUUUGAUUAUGAGACUCUUCAGCAGAUUGAGCUGGUCAUCCAAGCUGAGGACAAAGGCUUCCCUUCUCUUUCAAGCACAUCAACAAUCAGGAUUAAAGUUGUAGAUCUGAAUGAUAACUAUCCCUUCUUCACCUCCCCUGUCCUUGUGAAUGACUCUGCUGAUAUUCCUCUGCCAUACAGUGCACCCUCUGGUUAUCUUGCCCUUCAUGCAUCAGCUGAAGAUCAGGAUGAGGGAGUGAACGGUGAGCUCACCUACCAAAUUGUACAAGGUGACCCAAAACUGUUUACAAUGAACAAAGACACUGGAGAGAUUGCUUUAAAACAAUGGCUGACAGCUGAAAUUGGAGAUGUGUUGGAAAUAAAAAUCGCAGUGAGUGACAACGGCAGGGCCCCGCUCUCUAGCACAGCCACUAUUAGGUUUGUCGUCUCUGACACAGAACCCUCUGAAGACCAAGUCAUCAUUGUGCUGCGGUCAAGUGAUGAGGAAGGCUCCAGCUUUGAUGGCUCUCUAAUUAUCAUUAUUAUGCUCAGUGGGGGAUGUGCAUUGUUGCUAAUUGCAAUAAUAGUUGUUGCUGUCACAUGCAAACACAGCCGAGGGGGAAGAAGCAGUAACAGAAAGAGAGGAGUGUGCCAGAGCCUGUUUGAUGGCCAUCCUCUGUCCAUGCUCAGUUCAGCAGAACCAAAUAUUUACAUGGGCCAACGAGGAUUCUUCCAUGAGAGGACGUCUUUGUCUCUGGAUGAUUCCUGCCUGUAUGAGGAGAGGAGUGGGGACUCAGACACAAAGAUCUUCCUGCCCUCCAAGCAUUUCCAACCAACAUCUGCGUGGCAAGGUGACAGAUUCUGCUUGCAAGUGAGUGGCAUUGGCAACAACGACCAGCUGAGCGUGAAGGACAGUGGAAAAGGGGACAGUGACUUCAACGACAGUGACUCUGAUAUCAGUGGUGAUGGAGGCAAGAAAAACUUUAGUACUUUCCAGCCAAUGCUAAAAGGCACUGCUAACAGCUUAUCAGACGACUGCCAAGAAACCUAUUGUGCAAUUCCUCCACAAAGCUUCAGAGCCUCCAGAAACAAUGCAUACACAAUAGGUUUCUCCCCAAUGCCUGUCUUCAACAAUCCUUGUGGCAAUAGGAAGGACUGUGGUUGUGGCACAAAUCUGCCAAAAUCAAGAAACACCAUGCAAACCUUUUCUAGAUCAGGGACUCUUCCUUCUUACUUCCCUCAGCAGCACUGUGAGUCAAGUGUUGGGACUGCUGUAGUACAUAAACAGGGUCCUAAUAUUGUGACUGUGGCUACUGAACUAGAAGUUGCAACUAUUUUUUAAAUUUGAUUGAGAUGUAACUGAAAGGUGUAAAUAUCUAGAAGUUCUCAUUUUUUAAGUGAACCAACA